GCCCUGCAACCACGUGACUAGUUUGAAAUUUAACUUGAUGUAUUAGCGGUAUUGUGUUUUUUUUUUUAAUUAAUGAAAAAAUUUUAAUUUUAAUCUUUAAAAUGUCCUACAAUAAUAAUAGAAAUAGUUUUGGCCGUGGGGGUGGUGGAAGUGGAGGCUUUCAAAGAAGAAGUGAUGGUGGUCGUGGUGGUGGAGGUAAUUUUCGUGGAGGUGGUGGUGGGUUCCGAGGAGGAAGAGGUGGAUUCAAUAAAUUUGCUGAACAAGGACCACCAGAAGAAGUUAUACCUCUUGGAAGUUUUACUCAUGCUUGUCAGGAUGACAUAAUAUGUAAAGCUGAAAUGGAAGAUGUUCCAUAUUUUAAUGCACCUAUCUAUUUUGCAAACAAACAACAAAUUGGCAAAAUUGAUGAAAUUUUUGGUACUUAUAGUGAUUAUUUUGUUUCUAUUAAACUAAAUUCAGAAAUAAAAGCUAAGUCCUUUAAAGCUGCUGAUAAGUUGUAUAUUGAUCCUGCAAAAUUAUUACCACUGAAGAAAUUUUUACCACAACCUGGUGGUCAGAAAGGUGGCAGAGGUGGUGUAGGUGGUGGUAGAGGUCGUGGUCGAGGUGGUGGUGGUCGAGGGGGUGGUGGAUUUGGCCGUGGUGGUGGUCGUGGAGGCAGUGGACGUGGUGGCAGUGGUUUUGGACGAGGAGGUGGUGGCAGAGGAUUUGGGGGAGGUGGUCGUGGAGGUGGAAGAGGAGGUGGCCGUGGAUUUAGACGGUAGCUAUAAAUAUAUUUCUGUGAAUAAUUCAUUGUAUUCAUUAUCUGAAUUUCAUUUUCAGAAGUAUUUUAUAAUUUGACAUAUGAUGUAAACAAUAAAAGAAUUGUUAUUUUUCUUAUUGUAUUAAUUCUUAAGAAUGAUUGCCCAUUUAUUAAGUGUUAUUAGAUUUCAAUUACUUAAUUGUCAUUUUACUGAAACCUGAUUUAAAUAAUUAAAUGUUUCUUUAGAA